AUGUUGUGUAGCGGUGUCUUAUUUUUGUGUAUAUUACACUGUGUCGCCAGUUUCAACUUAGAACCGCGGAUUCCUGUGAUAAAGUUCGGCGAGCCAGGUUCUUAUUUUGGAUUUUCUGUUGCUGAACAUCUAACUGUCGGCAGCGGCGGCGAAAAAACUAGUUGGUUACUUGUGGGUGCACCUUUAGGGCAGAAUCUGCAGCCGAACACGACAAAGUCAGGAGCACUGUGGAAAUGCGGCUUAAGUUCGUCUCCCACCGACUGCGAGCAGAUCGUUACCGAUGGAAAGAGAACGAAGUACCGCAAGUUAAACACGAGUAUUGACUCCUUUAAUCUGAUGGGGCCGCAGCCUGACGAGAUCAAGGAAGGCCAGUGGCUUGGAGUUUCAGUGCGAAGUCAGGGAGUGGGGAGAAAAGCUGUUGUUUGUGCUCACAGGUACAUUCGUAAAUCCGGGGAGUUACAAUUUGGUCAAGGACUCUGUUACACGCUCAGCAACGACCUGCAGUUGAUUGACAUGUGGGAGCCGUGUCGAGGUCGAUCCGUGCAAAGAGAACACGAAGAAUUUGGAUUCUGCCAAGUUGGUACAAGCAGUUCACUACUUGAAGAUGAUACAUUAGUUUUGGGCAGUCCUGGACCAUACACUUGGAGAGGAACUAUAUUCACACAGGAUACUAAUGAUGAUCUUUUAGAACGGGACCAUGGUGUAAAUAUGGCCCCAGUUGAAGACGGUGCUAGCCCUGUUGAAAAAUACAGUUAUCUCGGUAUGUCAGUAACGGGGGCAAGUUUUUUUGGAGCCGAACCCUCAUAUGCAGCAGGAGCUCCACGAGCUCACGGAACUGGUCAGGUCGUAAUGUUCAGCAAACGGGUAAUCGCUGAUUGGACACGAGUGGAUGUUAAUAUUCUUAAUUUCACUCUCAUUCUAAACGGAGAGCAAUUUGGUUCAAGUUUCGGAUAUGAGGUCGCUUCAGCUGAUGUUAAUGGAGACGGAUUACCAGACCUCUUAGUAGGAGCACCAUUUUAUUUUUCCCGUGACGCUGGUGGUGCUGUUUACUUGUACCUUAAUAAGAAACGUAGUUUACCUCAAGAAUACAACGUAAAGCUGACUGGAAAACCAGAAUCCCAAUUCGGUAUCUCUAUAGCAAAUACCGGAGAUUUAAAUAAAGACGGAUGCGAAGAUGUCGCCAUUGGAAGCCCCUAUGAGGGCAACGGAGUAGUUUACAUUCAUAUGGGAGACAGAACUAAUGGCUUGAAAAGUAAACCAGAUCAAAUUAUAAACGCAGAAUCCUUGCCAAAUGUAAUGCAAACAUUUGGAUAUUCUCUGUCUGGUGGAAUAGAUCUCGAUAAUAAUGGUUAUCCAGAUUUACUAGUUGGUGCUUAUGAAAAUAGUAGCGUAGCACUUAUACGAACAAAACCAAUUAUCGAUAUUAAAACAUCAAUCCGACCAUCGAAUACGAUUAUCAACAUCGACCCUACAAUUCAAGGCUGCACAAAGGAUCCAAAUUCAAAUUACACGUGCUUCCAUUUCCAAGCGUGUUGUAUUAUUAAAUCUCUUGUAAGAUCAGCUCAAAGUAACAGUCAUGAAUUAAAUUACUUCAUUGAAGCUGAAACUUUUCCCGGAGGAAGGAAAUACUCCAGAGUGUUCUUUGGUUCCGAAAAGUCCAAUAUUGUUAAUAAAACUAUACAUUUGGAUAAAGAUGUUGAAGAUUGCAGAGAGCACAUUGUUUAUUUGAAGAACAAUACUAGGGAUAUACAAACACCUAUCAAAUUUCAAGUGACAUAUAAAAUAGUCCAAGUGCAGCCUCAAUACUCAACAGAAGGUGAUUUACCCAGAAUCGACGAUUAUCCUGUUCUAAAUGCCACUGCGAGAACAUCGUUUAGUGCUAACUUCCUAAAUGACUGCGGUUUGGACGGCGUAUGUGUUAGUGACCUGGUAGUUAAGCCAGUUUUACAGUUACCAAAAACGGAAGAUGGGGAAGCAUACACAUUGACUUUGGGCCAAGAGGAAGAAAUAAAGCUUUCUAUAACCGUUGAUAACUAUGGUGAAUCUGCCUAUGAAGCUCAGCUGUUCGUACAACACCACGCUAGUCUACAUUAUAUUGCGGCUAAUAUUACCGGCAAGCAUAUGAUCUGCACAAGUGUAAAUAAAACGACAGUGUCUUGUUUACUUGAGAAUCCUUACAAAAGACAACCUGAAGGCAGUCCAGCUAUCACCAUGAGAUUUGAUGCCAGAGCAUUAGAAGACAACGAACCUUCUGUAGUGUUUACUGCCUGGGCCAAUUCUACUUCUAAAGAGUUGAAACCAAAGAAGCCUGUGGAAGUAAAGGCAUUAGUGAUCAAGAACGCGGAACUGUUAAUUAAAGGAGCUGCUCGGCCAGAACAGGUGUUCUAUGGAGGUGAAGUGAAGGGAGAAUCCGCAAUGACUCACUUUGAUGAUAUCGGCACUAGAGUAAUACAUACAUAUCAGGUAUUUAACGAAGGGCCAUGGAAGAUUUCAUCAGUACAAGUUAUUAUAUCUUGGCCUUAUCAAGUAGCGUCUGAAAAUCCUCAAGGAAAGUGGUUAUUAUAUCCUGAAGAUGUUCCUAUUGUUGAUGGAGAAGCAGAUCAAAGCAAUGGACAAUGCUUCAUUAAAGAAAAUCAAAUAAACCCACUGAAACUGACACCUCGUCCUGGCGCCGACGAGCCUUCUCUCGAAAAUCUCGAAAUAGAUCCUUUCCUUAGUACUGGUAAACUUAGUGUUAGUUCAAGCGAGAAGGAACAUAAUUCAACGAAAAUUACCAACCACAUAGUUGGAUAUAAAAGCGGUGUUGAGAACAAAAUAAGACGAAAACGAGAUAGCGAUAUUGUGAAAGCUGAAGCCUAUACUGAUAAGGAUGGCCAAAGAAAACACGUUGUGAAUAUGAACUGUCUAAAGAAAACAGCAAAAUGUAUUCAGUUCCAAUGUGUGAUCUACCGCUUGGGGAGGAUGCAAGCUACUACCAUUACUGUGAAAGCGCGUCUUUGGAACUCGACUCUCGUGGAGGACUACCCGCGAGUUAGUCACGUCAACAUUGCCUCAACCGCAUACAUACAUAUCCCCGAACAUUAUAAUAUUCAUCAGAGUAAGCAUCACGACGAUACUGCCACGGUGGAGACAGUCGCUUAUCCUGAUUUGAAGAUCAGUGAACCUUCAGAAGUGCCAUUAUGGGUUAUUAUACUGUCAGUGAUACUUGGACUAUUAGUUCUCGUUAUACUAAUAUUUGUACUGUGGAAGCUUGGUUUCUUUAAGAGAAGUAGACCCGACCCAACUUUGUCUGGAAACCUCGAAAAAAAUCAUGAAUCCAGUCCCUUUAUAGGACGUGAUAGAAAUAGUAUGCGA